AUGGCUGAGUCAAAUGGUCCUCCAGUGAUGGAUAUUUUGGAGCCCGAUGACCAACCGGCUGAUGAUUCCGGUGUGGAUGAGGCCACAGACAACGCCUCGUCAACUCAAUCGAUCACGUCCAGUAUACUCAAAUACCGAGAAGAGAAUGGCAGGAGAUAUGCAACUUUUGGAAGCGGGGGACGAACAAGAAAGGCUAGGAAUUGGAAGAGAAUUCUUGAUGUAGGCACAGGGACUGGUAUAUGGGCCAUAGACGUUGGUAUUUAUAAAACUCCUCAAGGCGGUUCGAGCGAGCUGCUGAUCAUGGGCUCAGCGGAUGAGCACCCAGAGGCUGAAGUCCUUGGUGUGGAUCUUAGUCCAAUCCAACCCAGCAUGUAUGCUUUACUAUGGAACACUGAUAGCCUCAUCACUGAACGCCAUAAAUCUAGGGUUCCUUUUAAUUGCAGGUUCGAAAUAGACGACUUAGAAGAUGCCUGGACGUUCAAGCAUCAGUUUGAUUUCAUAUUUAUCCGCAGUAUGAUCGCAAGCUUCAAAAGCUGGCCGGAUAUCUUUUCUAAAGCUUUCGAGAAUCUCGAGCCCGGGGGAUACAUUGAGGUCCAGGAUAAUGUAUACCCGCUCGCGAGCGACGACGGCACGAUUCACAACACCGACAUCCUUACGUGGUCCGAGCUUAUGGUUAAGGCUGCCAACAAAAUUGGUCGCUCUAUUACUGUUGCCUCCAAAUUCAAGUCCAUGCUUGAGGAUGCAGGUUUCAUCGACAUAGUGGAGAUCAAGAAGAGGAUCCCCAUGAACCGCUGGCCGAAGCGUUCACGGUAUAAAGAGUUAGGAACCUGGAGUUGCUACAUGCUCCAAAGUAGCCUUGAAGGAAUCUCAAUGGGAUUGUUGACGAGACUUGGGUUGACUGUGGACGAAGUGCAUGUCCUUCUGGCCAAGGUCAGAAGGGACCUCCUCAGUACCAAGAUUCAUGGUUACUGGUAUACGUAUGAUCGACCCCUCCCGCGACAAACGAUAGGCGUAGACUAA